UCGGCGGACUCUCGGCGGGUCGCCUGGGCGAGAUAUGAGAAGAACGCACGUCGAGACAUCGAGGGGACAUCGGACGGGAAAUCGGCAGUCGAGCUACCGCGUCGCUUCCGCGAGUUAGUUCGAUAACGGCCCGAGGCUCGCACCUUCCGCGUUCGCGAUCGUUCCUUCUCCUUUUCUCCCAGUUGCUGCGUCUCUCUUUCUCUCCCUCCUCCCCCCGCCCCUGGCACCUUAUGUCCGCUCUGCAUGCGAGACUCCCACGCAGAUAUUUACGCGCAGAUGACGAUCGAACGAGAGCGAAAGUCGCGUUCGCGCAUUUUUCGCGCUUGUUGGGAAGGUCCACCGUUCCCCCGUCUCUCUCCCUCUGCCUCGCGCCCUCUGUGUCCGUGUGCGCGUCGCGAUCGAUUUCGCGCGUGACGGUUUUUUCGGGAAGAGCCAGUGUCGCCGCGAAACCUUGUCCUAUUUCCGUGGGUCUCCGCGUACGUACAUAUGCGCGUACAUAUGCACAGCGGCGCGCGAUUACGCGGCUGACGCUCGCGCGUAAUCGCGGGCGGUUACGAAUCUCCCGUGACCUUGCUGUAUGUGCAUUUCUCGCUGCACCGUUUGUUUACAACCUGCAGUAGCUGUAGAGAGGACUGUCGACUUUAAAAAUAGAUACGAUCCGAUCUGCUACGAUAAGCGCUUAAUCGGAUCGCUCACGACGUUUGUUCAGAUAACGCACCUGUCAAAAUUUCAUCGCCCGGAUACGAGGACAGUCUCAUCCUUCUUUAUGGAAUAAAUCGCGUUGCAUUAUCCGAAAUGAUCUAGCUGUGUUAUGAGCGUUGGUUUAUCCAUGUACGAUGGCUUGGAGAGCGAGAGCACCCCAGAUAACGGCCUGGAGGGCGCCGGGGGUGCUACGAAAAAGCUGGCCAGGGGUAUCUCCCGCGCAACCGAGAAUGCAGCCAUCGUCUCCUACGCCCGUUCGCAGUUGGCAUCCUUAGGGACGCUCGACACACCGGAGUUUACGUUUUCGUUGCCAGACUUAUCCGUGUAUCCAGAUUCGUUCCGUAAGUUCUUGGAAAAGGAUCUGAUAGAGAACGGGUGCUUGACUUCCUUGGAGGCCGCAGGUCGCUUGAACUGGUGGUACAAGAGUGGCACCACCAGAGUCCUUUGGCCACUGGCGACGUCCGGGGACGGCAAUUGUCUGCUACACGCUGCAUCAUUGGGGAUGUGGGGCUUUCAUGACAGAUUACUCACUCUCCGAGAGGCAUUGCAUAAUACUCUAACGAAAGGAGAAUAUAGACACGCUCUCUUCAGACGGUGGAAAUGGAGACAGACGGGCCUAAACGCGGCUGCUGGACUGUCGUAUUCGGAAGCCGAAUGGUUAUCGGAAUGGCAGAGUAUAGUGGAUAUGGCCUCUCCUGUAACCAGGAACCAGACUACCUCCUAUCAGAGCCUUGAAGAGAUUCACGUUUUAAGCCUCGCCCAUGCCUUAAGAAGGCCUAUAAUAGUUAUAGCGGAAACUAUGCUGAAAGACGCCGACGGAGUAGCAUUAGCACCGAUCCCGUUCGGUGGAGUUUAUCUGCCUUUGGAAGUGCCGCCGUCGCGUUGUCACAGAACUCCCCUACUCCUAGCAUAUCAUUCUGCACACUUCUCGCCGCUCGUGACGGUCGACGGAUGCAACGAUUACGGUAGCGCUUGCGGCGAGGGAGUCAGCAUACCGCUGGUGGAUCCAGUCACAGGCAAACUGUUGCCGGUUUUGUUCGCCGUAGAUCCCGGUCCCGAUUGGGAUUGGGUUGACGGUUCACGCGAGUUGUUGACUUGCACGCACGACACCAUGGAAAUCUUGUUGCGAGAGUAUUUAGACUGCGAGUAUCAGAGUUUCACGUCAGAGGAUAUCUCCGAUACGGACGGUUCCCUGUCGAAAACGGCAAAACAAUUAUUAGAACAAUUUAGUUCCCUCGGCAGGUCUGUCGGUAAAAAAUUAUGGUCUGUCACCACCAAGAGGCCAAAGAGUCCACCCUCGUCCAGUGACGGGAUAUCUACGGAAGGUUUGUUGUGUGUGAGGAUAAAGAGCAGGCGUCAUCAGUACGUGGAUCAAAUGCUACAAAAUUACCUGCAGUGCGCCCAUGCGAGGUAUCUGCAAGAUCAUCAAGUGGAUGACACAGGCAGCGAGUUGAAUUACGGCGCUGGAAGAUCCAAAUUUUACGCUGCUAGUGAUCGCGGUAGUCACGCGAGCGUUAGCAAGUUGUUACCUACGAAUACAAAUAAAGAUCAUACGCUUUAUCUUUCGAGAUCUACGUUUUAUAACGACCAAACGCCAUCAAAUAACGCGGGGCCAGAGACUUGGAACAAUAGUGACAGUUCAAAGGGCAUCGUGAAAGUGUGCCGCAGUGAACACUGCCAAUUCUUUGGAUCGCCGGAAAACCAGUACUACUGCUCGCAAUGCUGGGCUAAUCGACGUUUUCCUUAAAACGACCGUCCCUAAUCACACAUGACAAUAAUCUCGGUUUGAUAUCACUCGAAGUAAAUUAUUAAGUAUUUCGUAAACAUGAUGCUAGCCGUAAGCUGGAGCUUACAAAACUCGUCUCGCAUCGCAUAUCAUCGGUAACGUUAAGCUGUUUCUGUUUUCUUCUCUCCCGUCAUCAUUUUGUUAAAUGUUUUUUCUUUUUUCGUAUUUAUUAACAUUUUCCAUGUGGAAAUUGCAUAUCAGAUACGCAGGAUUCGAUUAAGUGACGCACGCGCUUGCCACGACGCGUUUGUAGUAGUGCAUCAUCGUUCCAGUGAUGAAGAGUGAUUAUACUUUUUUUGUUAUCAGUCCGAGGAAACAAUUUGAUUUUGUUUUUUUUGUUUUUAAAGAAUUUCUAUAUUGUGCCUUCUGUCGUGUAUGCGUGGAAGAAGAAUCGCUGAUACCCUCGUGAUAAAAGCUCUCACUGACAACUACCUCCACGAUAUUCGAUUAUAUAGCGAUCAAUAUAAUUGCUAAUGCUUUACAGUUGAUUGGAACCAUAAAGAACGAUGGAACUGUUGUAUUCAUAAUCUCAUUAUUCUAUGCAAUUGCUGUGUAUGUAAAGUUGUGUGAAGAAUAAAACAUAUUUUUAUAA